AUGCGCCUUUUCACAGAAACUGUAACACAAUCCCGCCCAGCACAGACGAGGGUAUCCGGUUAUUAUCUAUCUAUCUAUCUAUCUAUAUAUCUAUCUAUCUAUCUAUCUAUCUAUUAUCUCUUUAAUUUAUUCCAAUUUAUCAAUCUAUCUAUCUAUCUAUCUAUCUAUCUAUCUCAGUUUGUCGGUAUCUAUCUAUCUCAAUAUGUUAAUCUUUCCUUUAUGCCAAUCUAUCUAUCUAUCUAUCUAUCUAUCUAUCUAUCUAUCUAUCUAUCUCAGUUUGUCGGUAUUUAUCUAUCUAUCUAUCUAUCUUCCAUCUAUCUAUCUCUAUUUAUCUAUCUAUCUAUCUAUAUAUCUAUUAAUCUAUUAUCUAUCCAGUUUGUUUAUGCCAAUCAUCUAUCUAUCUAUCUAUCUAUCUAUCUAUCUAUUAAUCUAUCUCUUUUAAUCUUUCCUAUUUAUGCAUCAAUCUAUCUAUCUAUCUAUCUAUCUAUCUAUCUAUCUAUCUAUCUAUCUAUCUAUCAGUUUGUCGGUAUCUAUCUAUCUCAAUAUGUUAAUCUUUCCUUUAUGCCAAUCUAUCUAUCUAUCUAUCUAUCUAUCUAUCUAUCUAUCUAUCUCAUUUAUCUAUCUAUCUAUCUAUCUAUUAAUCUUUCUAUUUAUCAAUCUAUCUAUCUAUCUAUCUAUCUAUCUAUCUAUCUAUCUCUGUUAAUCUUUCCCUUUAUGCCAAUCUCAUCUAUCUAUCUAUCUAUCUAUCUAUCUAUCUAUCUAUCCAUCUAUCUAUCAACAUGUUAA